CUCAUCCUCAAAUCUAUGGAUUCCCUAAUUCACACUUUCCUCGCCUCCUCUCCUUCAUCUCCUCGAAACCCAAUCCUCCUCUUCGCUCUUCCAAACCAUCAAUAUCCCAAGUUUCUCGCAAAAGCGUCAAACAUAACGUCUCCACCUCCGAUUCCCCAUCCGUCGCAGUCCCGGCGGCGGAUGUCCUUACUGCCGGCGAGAUCCGCGGGGAGAAGUUCGAUUGGUAUUCUCAUUGGUAUCCGCUUGCGCCGGUGUGUGAUUUGGACAAGCGGGCGCCGCGCGCAUUGAGAGUGAUAGGGCUAGACCUGGUGGUGUGGUGGGAUAGGGAGGUGGGUCAAUGGAGGGUAUUUGCAGACCGCUGUCCCCAUCGUCUCGCGCCGCUUUCCGAGGGGCGGAUCGAUCGUUGGGGUCGUCUCCAGUGUGUCUACCAUGGCUGGUGCUUUGAUGGGGAUGGAAGCUGCAAGCUCAUCCCUCAGGCGCCGGAAGAUGGCCAUCAGGUUCAUGCUUCUAGUAAAGCCUGUGCAACUAGUUACCCUUGCUGUGUGCAGAAUAAUAUAGUAUGGUUUUGGCCACAGACUGAGCCUCAGAAUAAAGAUAUUUUGAUGAAGAACAAGCCUCCUAGAAUCUCAGAGCUUGAGGACUCAUCAUACAUGGCGAUGCGUGAUAUGCCUUAUGGGUAUGAAGUUCUUAUAGAAAAUCUGAUGGACCCGGCUCAUGUACCUUAUGCACACCACAAAAUAAUGAGAAUUCCUAAACGUCCACCAUCGCGUACCAGAGAUCGAGAAGGAGGGGUUCCACUAGAGAUAACAAUUGAGAAAUUUGAUAUCAACGGCUUCCUUGCAAAGCAACGAUUAGGAUAUGGCAAAUUUGUUGCUCCUUGCCUAUAUUAUGCGUUUCCACUCUCAGUUUCAACUAAUGGAUCGGGUUCAUCUUCAAAUGGCCAAACGAUGCCUAAUCAAAGUUUCCUCAAGGUUCAGCGGAGAAUUCUUCUCAUUUUCUUUUGCAUUCCUGUUAGUCCUGGAAGAAGCAGAUUAAUUUCAGUCUUCCCGAGAAAUUUUUCUGUUUGGAUUGAUCUAAUUGUUCCACGUUGGAUUUUUCAUGUGGGACAAAAUUUGAUUCUGGAUUCUGAUAUGUACCUUCUACAUGUUGAGGAGCGCAAGAUCGCAGAGGUUGGCCCUUCCAAUUGGCAAAAAGCUUGUUUUAUGCCAACAAAGUCGGACGAGAAGGUCAUUGCUUUCAGAAAAUGGUUGAGAAGAUAUGCAGACAGUCAGAUUAACUGGGUAAACAAGUUUGAAAACUACCUUCCUCCAACUCCUCCAAGAGAGCAGCUAAUGGACAGGUAUUGGACACAUGUUGUGCACUGCAGAAGCUGUAGUUUGGCUUUAAAGGGGCUGAGAAUUCUUGAGAUUUCUCUUCCAAUUGUCUCAGUUGCAUUGAUUGGAUUAUUGGCAGCUGCCAAACAAACUAUGAUGUCUGUAUCAACUAGAACUGCACUUGUCUCAAUGGCAGUGCUCUGUUUUGCAGCUUCCAGGUGGCUCUCUCACUUCAUCUACAAAACAUUUUAUUUCCAUGACUAUAACCAUGCUUUUGUCUGAUCUAGAAGACUAGAACCUUAAUUAUCUCAUAUUUCUUUUUCAAAAUGUAAGUAUUUAUGUGUGCAUAAAAUAUAGCUGUCUUGUUUCAAUAAAAUAUAGGAAUAUAUGCAAGUGGAAUAUAAAAUGUUCUGUCUAGCUGAAAAGUUUAUGACUUCGACACUCGCGUUCUUUCUGCUUCUUAAAGCAGCUUUUUAGGA